AUGAAUGAUAAGAACUCCUUGCAACGACAAGUAACCGGUAUUAUUCUUGGCUGUGGUAGCCGUGGUCAAACAUAUGCUGAAUAUGCUCGACAUCUGCCUAAUCGUUUUCGACUAGUUGCUAUUGCGGAACCUCGACCAUCAGUUCGUCAUAAACUUCAACAGCUGUAUUCACUCGAUGAUCAGCAUGUCUAUGAUGAUUGGCAUCGAUUGAUUGCACCGGACGUUUCACGUUUGGCCGAUUGUGCCAUCAUUACAUUGCCUGAUCGAGAACAUUAUGAAGCCGCACUAGAGCUUGCUGCUAAAGGUUAUCAUAUUCUGCUCGAAAAACCAAUGGCUACAAAACUCGAACAUUGCAAACGUAUUGUCGCCGUAUGUCAAGAACAUAAUGUUAUUUUAGCUGUCUGUCAUGUUCUGCGUUAUUUACCUGUUGUAAAAAAAAUCAAACAGCUACUUGAUAAUAAUGUCAUUGGAAAACUUGUUUCAAUUCAACACAUUGAGGGUGUCGGAUUCUGGAGUUUCGCUCAUGCGUACGUUCGUGGUAAUUGGCAUAGUGAACGCGACAGUUCAUUUUCACUUCUUACUAAAUGUUGUCAUGAUCUUGACCUUAUUCAAUAUUGGAUGCAACCACGACGAUGUAUCUAUGUAUCAAGUUUUGGUAAACUUACGCACUUUACAAAAGAAAACAAACCAGAUGGUGCUAGUGAACGAUGUUUAACUUGCUCGGUCGAACAGACUUGUCCUUAUUCAGCGAAAAAGCUCUAUUUGGACAUACCAAAUCGAGGUUUUCCAGUGUCAGUGGUAGUACCAGAUAUUGAAGAUGGCGAAGAUAGGACUAGUAUACGGACAAAAGUAAUAAAAGCACUUGAAACAGGUCAUUAUGGUAAAUGUGUAUAUGGUGAUUGCGAUAAUGAUGUUGUCGAUCAACAAGUGGUAAUACUGAAUUUUGACGACGGCUCAACGGCAACAAUGCAAAUGGUAGCUUUCACUCAGCAUAGUUGGCGUCGUACAUCUCGUCUAUUUGGUACACACGGUGAAUUGACAUGGAGUGGUGAAAAUACAAUCGAACAUUAUGACUUUUUGAAACAAACUCGAACCAUCUAUGAUGAAACUGAUUUAUCAAGUAGUGGAAUAAUGACUAGUGGUCAUGCUGAUGCAGAUUUUUUUGCGAUGGAUUCAUUUAUACGUGCAGUGGCUUCGAAUCGAUCGGAUUUGAUUUGUACUACACCACAGGAUUCAUUGACAAGUCAUAUUUUAGCAUUUGCUGCUGAACGUGCACGUCGUGAAAAUCGUGUUUGUUCUAUCGAUGAAAUGAUGUAA